UGUCUUGAUUCUGCUACCAGUGUCUGCCGCACCUUCGUUGCUGUGUUUUCUGCUUCCCAUUUUCGAUCUCCUCCGCUGUCUACUCUCAACAUGUUUUCGAUCUGCUCUGCUGUCUACAUCCUUUCUGCUCGGCUCUCGAUGUUUGCGAUCCGCUCUCAGGCUGUUGUCUAUUUCGUUUAUGCUCGGCUCUCAACGUACUUUCGAGGUAUACUCCACCUGUUUCGCAUCGGUUUCACUAUUUUCCAGCUGCUUUCGUAUACCGAUUCAAUCAAAGCAUAUUUGACACUAUUUAAGCACAUUCUGGGAGGACAGCGCGAGUGUGCGUGAAUGCGCCUAAAUGUGCGCAAUAUAAAAGAAGCACAAUAGAGCACAUGGGGC